AUGACUUCCCGUAUUGACAAGACCAUCGCCCGCCAGCGAGAAAAGAUCGAGGCGGGUUCUUACUACGAGGCUCACCAGCAACUACGUGUCAUUGCUGCGCGCUACAUCAAGCAGUCCAACUACGAUGCUGCCGCGGAGCUGCUCGCGGGCGGGGCCACGGCUUUGUUAAGGGCUGGUUCGCAGCAGGGUGCUUCGGCGAGUGGUGGUGAUUUGGCGAUUAUGUUGGUUGUGGAUGUUUACAAUAAGGCUGAGUGGGAGAUCCAAGGUGGUGAUAAUGAUACAGAGGGUCGGGCGCGCAAGAAGCGUCUUAUUGAGCUUCUGCGGGAGUUCCCCUCUGAAGAGCCCACGAGGAAGCGCUAUAUUCAGGAGAUGAUUGGGUGGAGUGGAAAGUAUGGUCCUUUGGAGCGUGGAGAUCCUGAGCUGCACCAUGCCGUUGGCUCGGUUUAUGCGGAAGAUAACGAGCCGUACGAUGCCGAGAGACACCUCGUACUGGGAACAUCCGAAUCCGCAGAGACACUGGCCAGACUCGAGUACGAGUGGUAUACGCACGACGAACCACACACAGCUGCCCUGUACGCCUCUCGCGCCGUCUUCCCCUACCUCCUGACCGGCAACAUCCGCAGCGCAAACAAGGCCCUCCUCAUCUUCACCUCGCGUCUCUCAACUGCAAACCCUGCCCUCGGUGUGCAGGAUGUAAGCAGCUCCAGCUCUGAUACCCGCCUGUACCCCGCGCUCCCGCUGCUGAACUUCCUCAGCUUGCUGAUGCUUACGAUUCAGCGGGCUAGUGCGGAUCUGUUCAAGCAGUUGACCGCGCACUAUGCGGCGCAGAUCCGGGAGGUGGGUAUUUGGGAUGAUUUCCUGGCGCAGAUUGGCGAGCAGUACUUUAGCAUCAAGAUUCCCCGUCAAGGGAAUCCCUUGUUGGAUAUGAUGGGUAGCAUGUUCUUCGGUGGUGGCCAGGGUGGCCAGGGUCAGGGUCAGGCUGGUGGGAGAUCCACGAAGAAGGUCGAGGCUCCUCCUUCAAACAUGGAGCUUGACUAG